AUGGUUAGCAGCGGCGGUCGUCAUCCUGUGGCGAGGUUAUUGAGAAACGGCAGAAAUCAAAGACGGCUUGACUAUAAGGAGAGAGAAGAGUCGGACCUUAGGGCGGACUUUGGGCUAUCGGAAAGUGAAUCUGAUGAGACGGCAGGCGACGGGCCAGUUGAGGGUCGUAUCUGGCUGCAAGAUGACACUGGCGGGGAUGCGGAUGUCGAUCUUGACUCGGACGAUGAGACCAAUGAGCAGCAAUUGAACGAACUAUUGCAAGAGGCAAGGCUGAAGCAGCAUCAGAAAGAGGCGGAAAAUGAACAGUCGGACGACGAGAUCGAUGAGAUGGACGAGGCAACGGUCUCUUCGAAGCUGAAAAAGCUCAAUGAGUUCGUGACGCAGAGUCAGGUCUAUUCUGGCGUGAUUGCAGACACGCUUUUGGAACGCUCGAUGCAGAGGCAGGGCGAGCAGAAGGCGGAUGAACCGCCUGCUAAGAAGCAGAAAAGGUCGGUGCGGACCAUCACGGAUUUUUUCAAGGGCAAGGAAGAUACGAAGGAUGCCGAGCAGAGUUCCUACUCGCCGGACGACCAAAAAAUCGCUGAGCAGCAGCCUAGUCUGCUGAAAAAUUGCAUCUUGAAACCGUAUCAGUUGGAGGGGUUGAAUUGGCUUAUCACGCUGUAUGAAAAUGGUCUGAAUGGUAUCCUAGCGGAUGAUAUGGGGUUGGGGAAGACUAUUGAGAGCAUUGCGCUGCUGGCGUUUAUUUACGAGAUGGAUACCAAGGGACCGUUCUUGAUCGCAGCACCGCUAAGCACUGUCGACAACUGGGUCAGCGAGUUCGGCAGGUUCGCUCCUGAUAUUCCAGUGCUGAAGUACCAUCACCAGGACGGUGUCAAAGCGAGAACCAGGAUGUUGAGGAAGUUUUUCAAGAGCACUGGCGGCACAGGUGUGAUCGUAACCUCCUAUGAAAUUAUUAUUCGUGAUGCUGCCCAUAUAAUGUCGAAGCAGUGGAAAUUCCUGAUUGUCGAUGAAGGACAUCGUUUGAAAAAUAUAAACUGCAGACUGAUACAAGAACUGAAGAAAAUCAACACGAGCAAUAGGUUGCUUCUGACCGGUACGCCUCUGCAAAAUAACUUGGGCGAGCUUUGGUCUCUGCUGAAUUUCAUUUUGCCAGAUAUAUUUGCGGAUUUUGGGAUUUUCAAUAAAUGGUUUAAUUUCGAAGAGGUGGACCUACAAAGUGAUUCGCCUAAGCUGAAUAGACUGAUAAAUGACGAGCUGGAAAAGAACCUAAUCUCGAACCUACACACAAUUCUAAAGCCUUUCUUGUUGAGGAGAUUGAAAAAAAAUGUGCUUGCAGGUAUCUUACCGCCAAAGAGAGAAUACAUUAUCAACUGUCCCCUCACGCCCAUGCAACGUAAGCUGUACAGGAUGGGCCUGAGCGGUAAACUGAAGAGAACCAUUUUCAAGGAGUUGGUUAAAAUGUUUUUCACCUUGAACGCCAAAUACAUCGGUACCGUUUCCAACAAGUCGAUCAGGGAGUACAUCGCAUACAAGUUGAAAGAUCAGGAAACAGACUAUGAACCUCCGAAUAGCAUAAUGAAAGAAAUGGAUGCACUAUACGAGGAACAUCUGCACAAAGAGUUCUCCAGCUUGAAGCUACAAAACAUGAUGAUGCAACUCAGACAGGUAGUCGAUUCCACUUUUCUUUUCUUCUUCCCGUACCUGGAACCAGAGGACUUGACCCUCGAGGUGCUCUUGAGCACCUCGGGCAAACUGAAAGUCUUGCAGAGCCUCGUGCCGCCGCUAAUCGACAAGGGUCACAAAGUGUUGAUCUUCUCCCAGUUUGUCAAGAUGCUGGAUCUCAUCGAGGAUUGGUGCGAGCUAAACUCGUUAGAAACGUUGAGAAUAGACGGUUCUAUUGACAGCGAGACAAGAAAUGCACAGAUCAAGCGGUUCAAUAACCCGAAAGAUAAAACCAACGUUUUCCUCCUAUCUACCCGAGCAGCGGGCCUUGGAAUCAAUCUGGCUGUAGCAGAUACGGUGGUGCUUUUCGACAGCGAUUGGAACCCUCAAGUCGAUUUGCAAGCUAUGGAUCGAUGUCACCGUAUAGGCCAGCAGAAACCGGUCAUAGUUUAUCGCUUAUGUUGCGAUAACACGGUGGAACACGUCAUGUUGACAAGAGCGGCGGGCAAGAGGCGGCUGGAGAAGCUGGUGAUUCAGAUGGGUCAGUUCAACACCUUGCGAAAGCUGGCCCUGAACGAAAAAUCAUUUCUACAACAGGCACGAGGUGGUCUCUCUUCCAGAGCCACGAACAAAGAGCUAAUGCAAGAGCUAUCGCAAUUGCUCCUAAGUAGUGAAUCCAGUAUCGGUUUCAACAAGACCAGCACAAUUGAGGGUGACGACGACGGCCAACUAACCGCGGAGGAAAUCCAAGAACUCACUGAUCGCUCACCGAAGGCUUAUACACCUGAUAGAGACGUUCAAAUGCCACAUAUCAAACUAUUCGAGACUUCCACAAGCCAAUUGUAG